CAAUUACAUAUGAUUUUUAAUGUCGGGACCCUUCUAGACGCUUAUGGAAAAUGCCGAGACGAUCAACGCGUCUUACCCAGAAGCUCAGCCUCGUGGUAAGGCUGGUCCGGCCGCCAUAACUAUCCCCCACGAGCCCACGGUCGUUCCUCUGUUAGCUACAUACAUUAUCUACACUCGCUCGCCCGCUCGCUCGCGCACCUUCCUUUCACCGACUUUUUCACCCGCAGUGGUGAUACCUAUCUAGGAAUUCAAAUUCCAUCGCGAUGGCGACCAGUCGGGAUCGCGAGGAAAUCCUCAAGAACGCGGACAUAGCUUCGAUCGGCUCGCACUGCGACAUCGACACCUGCAAACAGCUCGACUUCCUACCGUUCGUUUGUGAAUCCUGCAAAGGGACGUUCUGCCUCGACCACCGCACCGAAACCGCGCAUUCCUGCAAGAAAGCCGGGUCCUGGCUCUCCUCGCUGCGUCUGAAGCCCGCGCAAUCCAUCCCCGCCGCCCCGAAGACUCGAGGCCUCCUCGCUGCGCCUUGCGCCGCAGAAAAAUGCAAGACCACCGUCAACACACCCACGCAGCCCGGCGUAAACUGCGUCAUCUGCCGGAAACAAUACUGUUUAGCACACCGACUCCAGGAUUCACACGACUGCAAGCCGCUGCCGGCACCCGCCGCGUCGGUCGCCCAGGAGAAGGCGAAGGAGGCGCUGUCGAAGUUUAGGGCGUGGGGCUCCCAGAAGGGUGCGGAGACGACUACGACGGGAAGCGGAAUUUUUGCGGGCCUUAGGAAGAAACCGGCGAAUACGAGCGUUGCCGCUGUCUUGAAGAUGAAGAAGGAGGCAAAGGGGGAUGAGAAAGUUCCCCAGGAGAAAAGGGUCUACCUUUUCGUGGAGGCGGAGGCGAGGACUACGUCGGCGAAGAUUCCGAAGGGCACGUUUUGGUACUCGAAGGAUUGGAGCGUAGGGAGGGUCCUUGAUGUCGCGGCAAAGAGCCUGCAGGUUACCAACCUGAACAACCAAGGCGAUAGCGAAGAGAAGCGGUUGCGCAUAUACCACGUCGAGGGUGGGAGGGUAUUGACCUUCGGCGAGAAGAUUGGAGACACUACGAUCAACGGCAAUACUUUGGUUUUGCUGCGAGGGCUGCAUAUGCCCGAUAUGCUUGUAGAGUAGAGAUGGAAUGCGGGGCUGUACGACGAGGGCUCCAUGCGCGGACUUGAGACAUGUGCUGCUGGAACUGGUUGGAACGGAUGGUUAAGAUGGAUGAACGGGCGUUUUUGUUGUUGAUUUCACGAGCAUCUUCACUUCAUAUAUUUUCCCUACAUACUUUGUUACCGCACUUGGCCAGUAUAUUGAUAGAUUUCUCUAUACAAAUUCGGCUAUGAUGGAGUAGAUCUGGCU